GUGACUGACGAAGCACAAAUCAGAAAACUUGUCGAGCAAUUGGGUUGUAGAUACCAAAGCGAAAAAACAAAAAGGAAAGCAGCUCUCACACAAUGGCAUCGAAUGUACGGAACAAUCCAAAGGAUCGGGAUGAAAAGCACAAUCAGUUCGUCGGCCCCAUUGUCUACAAAAAUGAGGUGCCCGGACCAGCGUUAGAUUGCAAAAUUCUACCCUGUGGCAAGGAUAUUCUGGAGUACACAGAGAAGCCAGUGGCAUUGGACAGGCAUGAGCCCCCCUUUGCGCAUCAUUUCAGGGGUCUUCAUGAGCUGUUCGACUUCGAUUUGCUGGAUCAGUCGGUUUACGAUAGGCCACCCAAGAGUGGGCAGCAAAUGGAUCCCAGGGAUGCAGCUCUACUUGCGGAUAUAGAACCUCUGACUUGUGGUUACAGUAAGCCCAGACCAAGUCGCGCCCAGGAAUGUGCUCAAAUGUUUUCGAAGGAGCGGGAUCAGGUGCCUCGUCCUCGCCCAGAACUAAAGCGUUUUGUUCCUGAAAUCAAUGCACAAAAGACCCUGUUACCCAUAUGUGUGGACGAGCAGAGGGAUCUGAUUAAUAGCACCUUCGAGGAGAUAAAGAAACCCAUUCUUAAACAUCCCACCAAACCCGACAGCACAGCACGCCCCUUGGUCAUUUUGCCAGUUUUUCCCGAUACAGAAUUGCAGAACUAUAGCUUCGUGCAAAUGCAAUUCGAUAUACCACCCAACGAGAAUAACCAGAAUUUAAUCAAAGACUUUGGCAACUAUCUGGUCAACUUCAGUAUUCUCCAAUGUGAGCCUGGCGAAAAAUACUAUUUAUCAGAUCAACGCUAUAAGGAGGAUAAGGGCCCGGAUAACUUUGAGCGCGGCGAACGAAUUAUUCUACGGGAAAGGGAUAAAGCCCUCCAUUACGUAAGUGUGGAUAAACACAUCAAAUUGAGGCGGGAACGGCCACGCCCCCAGGCCCUGGCCAACAAGUGUCUGCUGCAGGUCAAACAAGUGGCAAUAGAAGCAAAGUAAAUAAGGAUUUUAUUUUUGGCUGGAGGGGAUCAGAAACCUGGCUGCCCAAAUCAUCGCAUGAUUGAAAUUCCUGGUGGAGAAAACCAACUGCCCACCGAUAAAAUAAAGCCAUAACAAAAUUGAUAUGAAAUUCUCGCAAAUUGAAAGAAAUUUCAACUGAAAAU